CUUCUUCUCGGUCUGGUACGUGCUGACCUGUCAACAGAAGACCUGUCACAGGGAAAAUGGACAAUGUGUGCCAAUGACUGCAGUGGGGACAAGGAUCCACGGCACCGUUUUUGCUGUUGACUAUGCAGGUGCAAAUCUUUAUGAAAUUAUUGUCAUAUCAGAAACAUUACUGAUGGUAUAUCUCAUCAACCUGGAUGAAAAUGAUGAGGUCACCAUUAUAACUGCUUUAGUCGGCAGAGAAAACCAUGUGACUGAGGUAGAUUUUGAGAAGUUCAUGGAGCUGACUCGGGAUAGGAAUAUUCCGGAAGGGAAUAUUGUGAAUAUAAUCAAAUUUGACAACUGUCCUGAAAAUUAACAAAAAGAGUCUUCGAUUCUCACAGGCAGUAAGUAC